CGGAAGAAGCAGCUGCUUCACCAGUUAUCUCUAAACCAAAACAGAGCACAUAUCUCCGUAUUAAACCUCCGGGAGUCGGAAAUACUCCUAGACAUUGAGUUGACUGUCUUCGGCUAUUUUACCUGUUAUCUCUCUGUGUGUAACAGACGACUGAGAAGAAGCUAAACUGAGAUGGAGGAUCCUGGUGGUACUGGGGCCGAGUCUGUGACUCCAUCACCAGCAGGUGCAUCCAAAUCAAAGUUGGACACACUCUCCAAAGAUGACCUCAUCAAAUAUGCCAAAAAACAGAUAGCCACCAUGCAAAAGAUGAAAGCCAGAUAUACAGAUUUGGAAAAAGAAGUUGAAUCUCUCAAACAGCAGUCCCAAAAGAGUAAAGGGAGUUUGGACGAUGCCUCCUUGAUACAGGAGCUGACUGAGAGGAUGGAUGCCUUACUGCUGGAGAAGGCAGAAACUCAGCAAAACCUUGCACUUUCACGUAAAGAGCUAGAGAGGAAUAAGCAGCAAUCCAAGGAUGAUUUAACUGUGCUUCAGAGAGAGCAUGAACAUGUAAUGGAGGAGCACCAAAGGAAGAUCAAAGCCCUAGAAACCACCAUUGAGGAAUCCCAAUGCAAACACCAGGAAGAAGUGGCUCAUUUCCAGAAAUUACUGAAAGAGCGAGAGGAGAGUGACAGAGAGAGGGAGAGUGGAAGAGAGAAAGAGCGCCAAACUGAUUGUGAUAGUGCAAAAAAGAACGCAGAAGAAGCUAGACAUUGCUUAGAAGCUGAGCUGGAAAACCUUCGAGCUGAACUGAAGGAUAUCCAAGAGACAAAAUCCCAGGAAGUCGGUGAGUUACAGGAGAAGCACCAAAAGGACUUGACAGAGGCUCAGCAGGAGGUAGAGAACUUGAAAGAGGAGCUGGCUCAGAAGAGUCUGCAGCACGAGGAGGAAAUGAGAGCUCUGGAGGAGGACUGUGAGAUCGAGAGGGAGCGUCUCCUGAUGCUCCACGAGGAGCUGACUGAGCAGCUUGCCCUCAAAGAAAGCUUCCUGCAGGAUGUUCAAGAGGAGGAUGAGGAACCUGCCCGUGGUUCAGGGAUUGCCAAAAUGCUGGAGUUGUCUAGAGCCAGUCAAGUUGACUCCAGUAAUUGUGAAGGAGAAGAAACGGAGAUCAGCAAGCUAACAGCAACACUUGACGAUCUUCAAGCCCAGAACACCAUGUUGCAGGAUGAGCUCACUCUGAUCAGUAAUGUGAAGGGUGAGCUUGAGGCAGAGCUGGAGAGAGCCAGAGAAGAUUUUCAAAUGGAAAAAGAGGAGCUGGAGUUCAAAAUCAAUGAGAUGCAAAUGGCCAAGGAUGGUGCUUCUACUGAAGGUGUAAUGGUAAUUAAUCCUGACCAGCAAGACCAGCAUGUAGAGCCAUUUACCAGUUCAACCCAAGACCAAAACUCCCAGCACAGCGAGGAGCAUCAGAACCUGAACCAGGAGUUGAGAGUCCAGUGUGAGGAACUGAUCAGGGAGCGAGACACCGUCAUAGCUGAGUGUCACCGCAUGGGGGACAUACUUCGCAGCGUGGAGACAGAACUGGGUGAGAAGACAAAAGACUUUGUUGUACAGUUUCAAGCCAUGAAGGAACAGGGGGAUAAUAAGGUGCAACACCUUGAGGAUGAGAUGGAACAGCUCACUCGAGAGAGGGAUGAGCUGCUGGCGAGGAUGAGUGAGGUUGUUGAGGAGAAAAGCUCUCUGGUGGAGAAUGUGCAAGACCUUAAGCAGAAGCUGGAAGGGUCACCUGCUGAGAACCAGAAACUUCUGUCCUCUGUAGAGGAGCAAACAGCUUUAGCCUGUGAGUUGAAACAAUCUGUCGAGGAUCUGACGAGACAAAAUGAAAAGAUUGUGUCUGAACUGGAGACAAAGGAGAACAUGGUUCAAGAUUUGAAAGAAGCGUUAAACACACUAAGUGAAGAGCGGGACAAUAUACAACACACACUGAAGCUCAAAGAAGAUGAAAUGCAAAACCUGAACGAUGUGAAACAGAAAGAAAUUGAGAAGCUCAUGGAGGAGAAAAAAGAAGUGUUUUUGCUUAGCGACGAAAAUGAAAAGCAGCUGAAGAAAUUAAAAAUAGAGACAGAGGAGAAACUGAAACAUCUAAAGGAAGAGAGACAACAUGUAGAAAAUGGCCUGAAAGAGAAGCUGGUAAUCAGUGAGGAGACGCUUUCCACGCUGAAGCUAACUAUCAAAGAUCUAACCACAGAAAAGGCUGCCCUCCAUCAGAAUUUAGAGGAUGCUUUAUCGCGGCUGUCGAAGUCUCAGGAAGACAUGGAAAUGUUGAGCUCAAAGAUGGCAGCCCUGGAGGCUCAGCUGGCGCAGGCAGCUUCUGAAAAGCAACUCCUAGAAGCAAAGCUGACUUCGCUGACGGAGGAGACAGAGCAGGCCUGCACCUCCAGGCGAGCGCUGGAGGAAAAUCAGUCUGAACUGCUCAAAACAUCCACUGAAGAGAUCGAGGAACUCCGAACACGCGUUGAUGAGCUGGAAGAGGAAAAGAGCCUGCUGAAGCGCACCCUCAACGAGGCCCAAGGGGAGAGAGGAUCGGAAGAAGUGCAGGACUUGCAGGCUCACAUCACAGACCUCGAAAUGGAGAGAAAUCUGUUAAGAACCAACCUGGAGGAAGGGGUGAAGAACACUGAGCUGAUGCAGAAAGACCUCCAAGAUAUGACAUCAGUUAACGAGAAGUUGAGUGAAGAGAACCAGAGACUACAGGCUGAAAUCUGUCAGUUAUCUGAAAAGGAGAAAGAGAAGAUGGAGAAGGGGAUUGAGAGCUUGGAAAAAGAGAGCGGACAGCUCAGAGAGCAGCUGACAGAGAAGGAGUCGCUAAUCUCACAGCUGCAGAGCGAAAUGGCUUCUCUCCAGUCAGUCUCCCAGGCGUCUCUAUCCUGUGAGGAUAACGCAACCGAUGAGAUGAAAAAGAGAACAGCUCUCCUGGAGAAUGAAAUCAAGGAAAAGGAUGGGAGGAUCAACAAAAUUAAGGCAGUUGCUGUGAAGGCAAAGAAAGAGCUGGACAUCAGUAAGAAAGAGGUUCUUGCGCUCAAAGAAGAAGUAGAGUCACUGAAGGCAGAGAGGGAGAAGGUGAACAGCUCUAUGAAAGAUAUCAUCCACGGUGCUGAAGGCUAUAAGAACUUGCAGAUAGAUUACGACAGGCAAACAGAGCAACUGGAUAAGGAGAGAGAGAAGGUGGAGACAGCUGAGAGAGAGAUUGCUGAGCUGACCAAACGACUCAGCAGUGCUGUCACACAGAAGGAGACACUGAGCAGUGAGAAGGAGGACCUGCUGGCCAGUUUGGAGACUUUGAGGAGCACAUUGAGGCAGCUGGAGGCCAAGAACCAGGAGCUGCAGAAACAGACAGCUACUCUGGACAGAGACCUGCUGGCUGAGAGGGUGAUGAAAGAGCAAAAGCUGAAGGACUUGUCAUCUGCCGCGAAGGAGCUGGAAGAGCUGACAGCUCAGCUCCGCAAGCAACAGCAGCAGUCUCAGCAGGCCGCUCAGGAGCUGGAGCAGCUACGCAAGGAGGCGCAGCAGAGCUCCCUGAUGGACAUGGAGAUGGCCGACUACGAGCGUCUGGUGAAAGACCUCAACGGAAAACUCGCAGAGAAAGACGAGUACGCUGAGGAGUUGAAGGCCCAAAUAAACACACUCACACAGAAGCAGGAGACACUCCAGAAGGAAACUGAGCUUUUAAAGUCCCAGCUAGACCAAGAGGAGGAGAAGACGUCAAAGAUGAAGCAGCUGCUGGUGAAGACCAAGAAGGAUUUGGCCGAUGCCAAGAAGCAGGAGAGCUCCCUCAUGAUGCAGCAAGCGUCUCUAACAGGAGAGCUGGAAGCUAACCAACAGCAGCUAGAAAGCUCUAAGAUUGAGAUGUGUGAGCUGACAGCUGAGCGCCAUCGUCUGCAGGAGCAGCUGAGGUCUGCACUGGAGCAGCAGCAACGAACCAGCAGCUCCCUGCAGCAACGCAUCCACAGUCUGCAGCAGGAAAGAGACACUGCUAAGACCGAGCUGCUGGCAACAAUGAGCGAAUUUGAGAGCUAUAAGGUGCGAGUCCACAACGUGCUCAAACAGCAGAAGAAUAAAACCAGCACUCAGAGUGAAGGAGACUCGGCCAAACUGGAGAGGGAGCAGUUGUCCUCUCAGGUGGAGCAGAUCAGGAGCAGACUGUCGGAGAGCCAGCAGAGCCUCCAGAGCAGCACGGCAGAGCUGCAGCAGCUUCAGGCUGAGCAUGACACGCUUCUGGAGAGACACAACAAAAUCCUCCAGGAAACUGUCAGCAAGGAGGCUGAGCUGCGAGAGAGGCUUUUGUCACUGCAGUCAGAAAACGUGGCCCUGCGGUCCGAGCUGUCCCAGGCUCACACUGACCUGUCCUCCCAGAUCGAGACCCAGCGGCAGACCUACAGGGAGCAGCUGAGGAAGCUGCAGGACGACCACCGGGCCACUGUGGAGACCCUGCAGGGACAGCUGACGCGUGUGGAGGAGCAGCUUUUCAACCUGCAGAGCCAGAACAGUUCCGUCUCGGUCCAGUCCAGCCGUAAGCCCCUGACAUCGGAUCCUCAGCGCAGAAACGGUGAUCAGAACCAAGCGGGGUUGGGACUGUUUGCCUUCAGUGAACUCCAGUCUAUGGCUCGGGAGGAAGGGGAGGGCAUGGAGACCACGGAAACGGAGAGAUCUUCCCCAGCUCACACUCCCCUGCCCUCACUGGAGCAGCUACUCACAUCUCCAGAUCCCAAACAAGAGCCGUUUGUGUGGACGGUGGAGCCAACUAAAGAAGAGUUAAGUGAAAAGCUGAGCACAGCCACCCGCAGCAUGGAGCAUAUGAACAGUCUCCUGCAUGAAACUGAGGCCACCAAUGCUGUCCUCAUGGAGCAGAUCACGCUGUUGAAGAGUGAAGUACGACGACUAGAACGAAACCAGGAGCGGGAGAAAAGUGUGGCCAAUCUAGAGUAUUUGAAGAACGUCCUACUGCAGUUCAUUUUCCUGCGGUCUGGCAGUGAGAGGCAGGCGCUACUGCCCGUCAUUCACACCAUGCUGCAGCUCAGUCCAGAGGAGAAGAGCAAACUGUCUGCCAUUGCACAAGGCGAGGAAGAACGGACCGGGUCUCAGGGCUCAGGUUGGACCUCCUACCUCCACAGUUGGUCUGGGAUCAGAUAGACAUCCUGAAAAACUGGGAGCACACAGCGGUGACAUUACUGAGCCUUCUUUCUGUGAAUUGCUCCAGAAAAUAGUGACAGUACAGUUGCAAUAGUCACAAACUGGGGCAUUUAUAAUAUCACUUAGAUGCAGUAGAGGAGACCAAGGAAUGUAUUAGAGAAAAUAGAUAUAUGGUAGCGAUGAAGAAAACCAAAAUAUUUGAACUUAAAGUGCAAUACAUUAGUCUAAUUACAGUCAACUGACAAAUCUCUGUCUUACUCAGUCUUAUUACCAUUGGGGUAUGUUUAAUAAAUUAACAUUGGUACACUUACUGGAAGGGCACAAGGCAUUAUAUAGCACCAUCAUUAACAUAUCACACAACUUGCAUACUAUUCCUUACAUUUUAGAAACUACGCUAGGACAACAUGUACGAAUAGGGAUUAAUGAAGGAGACAAAUGUAGACUGGUGUAAUAUUACUUGAAUGUUAUUGGGAUGGUGUACUGUGGAAUUCAGUAUAUGUCAUAGACUUUUGGUGUAUAAGUUCUUUUGUUGCAAAUCGCAUUUCUGUAAAUUGUUCAAGGGCAUUUUGAAAUAUUUUGACUGUUGAGUUUGUUUCUCUGCCUUUUAAAGGCAGCCUUUCCUUUCAGCAUUCACAUAUAAUUAGUUCGAUUUAAAGAUAAAUAAAAAGCAACCCUUUUUUCUUUUUUUUAACCAGCUGUUGCCUGGACGGUUAAAAUUACCUUAAAAAUCUUUUAAUGCAGCUCACUUUGGAAAACAACUGGCUUUAUUCUUCACUAAAAGUGGCUUACAUUAGUAGUUAAUAAGUAUGUUAUGAUUUAAACACUAAAUCAACAGUGGGGUUUAUUUGUUUGUCAUUUUUAUCAGAAAUGUGUUCUAGUUUUCUAAAGUAUCUAAUAUUGAAGGUUUAGCUGGCUAUCAAAACCAACAGAAUGUUGUCAUUUUUGUUGUUUUUUUUCUUCUGACUGGCAGUUUUUCACUGUUGCCUCAUAUUUUCUCACAUUUCAUUGCAUUUUGAUCCAUUGUACUCUGUAACAAUGUUUGUUUUGUGUCAUUUGUUGUUACUGUUAAUAUUACAAUGAGUUAUUCUCACGGAUGAAGAAUGGUGCCCAUGACAGCAAGCUCAUCUGCCGUGCUGAGGUGCCUUUGAGCAAGACUUCCUGUCCUCAUGGAGGAAGUUUUCAGACAUCGUCUUCCUAUGGAUUUGUACUUUGCCGUUGAGCUGGAAAAAGGAGAAUAAAAGCACCAAUUAAAUGCAUUUUUUCUCUUCAGAAAAAAACAAGAAAGAUUAUUUUUCUUUUCUUUAACCCAGUGGUAGCUUUGUGGGAUUCAUCCAUCACAAGUGAAUGUAUUUUUAUCUCACCUUUUAUAUCCAUAGUGGUAACUAUCUGCAUUAAUGUGAUUAUCAAAUCAUUCAAAAACCUGCCAUGUUUGUCUUCAUGUAAAACAUUGUGAGUUAUACCCAACUGUAAACAAAAAUCCAGUGAACAAUAUCGGGAGUAACCAGUGUUUAUUUAGAACUCAUAACACAUUUUAAUUUGCAGCCAAUGAUCGUGGAAUUUAACCAGAAUUUUGUCCUCAAGCAAAUUACUAUUCUACGUGUAACUAAUGUGAAUAAGCAGUUUGACUUUACAGGUCUUCCUCUUCCAGUUAUUGAACACAACAAAGCGAAGGAAGGGUGAACGAAUAAAUCUUAUGAGGGAUUUCGGUGCAGUUUGUCUGGGAUGUGCACUUUUUUUUCUUUUUCUUUUUUUUGUCCCUUGCUCUGAGAGUCCUCAUCCUUUGCGGAUGAAAGGGGGCUUUCCUUUUAAGGAAAUAAAUGUGGUUCGGGUAUAAUGACGUAAGCAGAGGAGGAAACAUAACAUAAUAGCAGCUGUGUGCUGCAGAAAAUGAAUGUCAACGUUAUUCCUGCCUGAGGAGAAGCGGCAAUAUCAGUUUGAGCUCUAUUAGGUCUAAUACUAUUGUAUUUGACACAUUCUCCUCUGUAAUCUUUGAUGUUGUAAAAUGUUACCCGUAUUUUAUUUUGCUGCAUCUUGCAGAGGAGACGAUAAAUGCAAAAUUGUCUGUUUCAUCGGUGUCUGCAAUAAAACUUGGACAUUGCAGAGAAAAUUACGCAUCAAAAGUGAAGGUCCAGUUUCAC